UAGCUAUUUACGUAAAAACUGUUAACAAUAAAUUACACAAAAUUGGUCAAAUAAGAACAAUGACGAUAAGUACGGCGGACUUUAAGAUCCACUGUGUAUCCAUUUCAGUUUCAGCUCUCUUUCUGUAUUUUUUCUUUCCUCAUUCACUCCAGAUUCAAAAAGAAAAAACAGUUUCAGAGUCUGAAUCUUACAUAAUAUUUUUUUUUUCUUUCUUUCCACCGAAAUAAGAAAAUGGGAUCAGAAAACGGUGACGAUGGGCUUCGUCGGAGAGGUUGUUCAUGCACGAAAUAUGAUUUUCUCCCGGAGGAAUCGUUCAAAAGCAUGGGGAAUUACUUUAAAGCUCUUAAAGAGACACCGAGUCGGUUCGUAGACCGUUUACUGACUCGGUCACAAGACUCGGUGGAGAUUCAUGAUAUGAAGGCACGUAGUGGUCACGAAAUGAAGAAAACGUUAACGUGGUGGGAUCUGAUGUGGUUUGGUGUUGGUGCAGUCAUUGGGUCAGGAAUAUUCGUUCUUACCGGACAAGAAGCACGUGACAGUGCUGGUCCCGCUGUUGUGGUGUCCUUUGUAGUCUCAGGUGUCUCGGCUAUGCUCUCCGUGUUUUGUUACACCGAGUUCGCCGUGGAGAUUCCUGUCGCAGGUGGUUCUUUUGCCUACUUGAGAGUGGAGCUAGGCGACUUCAUGGCUUUCAUCGCCGCUGGAAAUAUAAUCCUCCAGUACAUAGUCGGUGGAGCCGCCGUAGCUAGGUCAUGGACCUCUUACUUCGCCACUCUCUUAAACCAUAAACCUGACGACUUCCGCAUAGUAGCUAACAGUCUCCACGAAGACUAUAACCACUUAGAUCCAAUCUCGGUCGGCGUUUGCGUGAUCAUUUGUGUUUUAGCUGCCAUUGGCACAAAAGGCUCAUCAGUCUUCAACUACAUCGCUUCUAUUAUCCAUAUGCUCGUGAUUCUCUUUAUAGUCAUAGCAGGAUUUAUUAGAGCUGAUUUCAAAAACUACUCCGACUUUGCUCCCUUUGGAGCUAGAGGAGUAUUUAAGUCUGCUUCGGUUCUUUUCUUUGCUUAUAUUGGAUUCGAUGCGGUUUCAACCAUGGCUGAGGAGACAAAGAAUCCUGGGAGAGACAUUCCUAUUGGUCUUGUUGGAUCGAUGGUGCUUACUACGGUUUGUUAUUGUUUAAUGGCGGCUGCGUUGUGUCUUAUGCAACCGUAUGGGAUGAUUGAUCCGGAUGCACCGUUUUCUGUCGCGUUCUCUGCGGUUGGAUGGGAUUGGGCUAAGUACCUGGUCGCCUUUGGUGCUCUUAAAGGUAUGACGACCGUAUUGUUAGUUGGAGCCAUCGGUCAAGCUAGGUACAUGACGCACAUAGCUCGAGCACACAUGAUGCCACCAUGGCUAGCUCAUGUCAACGCAAAGACCGGAACACCCAUUAACGCGACAGUGAUUAUGCUGUCCGCGACAGCUCUCAUCGCAUUCUUCACAAAAUUAGGAAUCCUAGCCGAUCUCUUAUCCGUGUCCACACUUUUCAUCUUCAUGCUCGUCGCGGUGGCUCUCCUCGUUAGGAGAUAUUACGUAACCGGAGAAACAUCUUCCAGUGACCGGACCAAGUUCUUAGUGUUCUUAGGUUUGAUUCUUGCAUCCUCUGCUGCGACUGCUGUCUAUUGGGCCUUGGAAAAGGACAGUUGGAUUGGUUAUUGCGUUACGGUUCCUAUAUGGUUCUUGUCUACUGCUGGGAUGAAGUUUCUUGUGGCACAAGCUAGGGCUCCAAAACUUUGGGGUGUUCCUUUGGUUCCGUGGCUGCCUUCUGCUUCCAUAGCUAUUAAUAUCUUUCUUCUUGGUUCGAUCGAUGCGAAAUCGUACAUUAGGUUUGCGAUCUGGACUGGUGUUCUUCUUGUUUACUACUUUUUGUUUGGGUUGCACGCAACUUACGAUACAGCGAAGGAGACACUAAAGGAGAAGAUGGCGCUGCAGAAUGCUGAAGAAGGUAGUGUUGCUGCGGAGAGUUCUGGUGCUGCAACUUCAGAUCACUAGCUAGCUUGUUUUAAUAAUUGUGACACAAGUUUGAUAGAAUUUUAGUAAUUGGAUUGAAUAGGAGAAGAAAAUUUUCUUUAGAAUUAGUGGGUUGGCCCAACACUAAUGCAAGGGAUCUUAUUCAUAAACCACCUUCGAGUUAGUGGUAACAAAAAGAUUCUGUAGAAAUAGAUAUUUUGUGAUCCAUGAACUCAAGCACACACAAACUCGAUUAGAUGACCAAAGAAUCAGAUUCAAUAGAUCUACAAAUAUUGUAACUUGAUUAAGGAAAAAAAAUUAGAAGCCAAGAGGUCAAUAUAAAGAUUCUAGCCACAAGUCAGUCUUGGAUUCUCUCGAGACCAGACUUCAUCAGUUCUCAAACUAUGAUGUUCCUUGGAGAAUGUGGUCUGCUUUGUAGCUUUAGGACUCUUGCCAUUACAGUCUACGGUAGGCCUGUACAUAACCGAAAACCAAAAACCAA